GGAUGCAGUAUCUCUUAUCGAUACCGCCACAUUACGGUCUCCUCCGCAGUAUGCAAAGAUCAUGUGAAAUUUUUCUACAUCGGAUUUGCGCCGAUAGCAUUAUGCAUGGCAAGCAGUCUGUAUUCCUAAUACUGGGCAUUUACGUAUACCUACUUAUGGAACAGCCCUGCUAUGUAACUGCAGCUCGCUCUGACAACACCGGUGCUGGCUGCGGUGACAUCAUAGGUUAAAGUUAGAGAUCGAUCACCGCAAUGUCUUGAGUUUAGAGGAUACUGACUGCGCUCCGGAAGACUGACGAACAAUGAUACUACUUUUCAUGGAACAGAGGGAUCGCAUCCAGUUGGAAGUACAGCUGACGUCAGCCGGGAAUGGUAGCUAGUUAUCGAAAAUUAUAUCCGGCCGAACUGCGUGCCAUGGCUUGCCGGAAUUGUGGCACUUACUAUCCGUAUAAUACUUAACCAAGACAUGCACUAUUCCCAGUCUUCGAUUGGCAGUCCGGCAACUGUGCGGGGAAAAGCGAGAAAAAAAUACGGUAAUCCGGGAUCAAUAUAAGGUUGCAAUAAAUUUCCUCCAGGCGCAUUAAACUUGCCACACAACCUGCGUGACACCUUCCUCUGCUUAUUGAUUUAUGGGAUGAACAGAUGAGUCACAGACUCACAAGUGACGAUUGCGGAGUAUGCGCGGGGCAAAACUCAGACACACUGUAUCGAACAUGAGGAUUUAUUCUAGUAUGAACGAUUUCCACAAAGCAGGCCGCAUUCUCGUCCUUAGCAUCUUCGAGGAUACUCUUCAUCAAAAUUACUACCGCCUUCAUCUUUAAAGACGUUCCGGGCGCCUAGAACGAUAUUUUGAAUAUUCUUUCGCUCAAGCGUUCCUACAGUUCCAUGGUUUUUGAAAAAAUCACAUGCGACAUGAUCCAGCAGACGUUUACAUGUCUAACGAUUUGUCUGGGACUGACGCUAGUGGCAGCCGUGCCAUCAGAAAUUGGAGUUGCCGCCACGAAACCUCCGACCACUGGGGACGGGCCGUUGUGUCGCCGACCCGAUGCCGCAUUGCCUACGAACGGAAAACUGUUAGCGCUUAUUGACUGCGUUCAUGCGGUGAGCAUCAACCAGCAGGCACUUUCUGAGCGCAUGACGCUGUUGGAACAACGCAUUUCCGUUGAAUUGCCCGAUUACUCCGCCCUUACGGACGUACUUACUGAGCCGGACAGUGACGAUGACGACAUCCCGGAAUCCUUGCCACCCGUUGGCGAAGAGCCGUGGACGAGAAAACCCGUUCCUGUUAGCAAUCGCCCAUCUUUGCUGUACCGAAUCCUCGGCAUCGAAAGCAGCUCGGAGAUUUUACCAGUUAUAGCGUUAAUUGUGGUCAGUUCAGGGGUUGUGCUGAUGGUCGGCAUGGGGGUAUCAGUUAUCGCGAGCGUAUUUAAGCAGCCCGUGAUUGUCGCACUGGUCGUCCUUGUCGUGGUUGCAGUGGGAGUCUUCAAUUUGUACACGAGGGUCAUGCCACUUCUUAUCGGUUUUUCAGCCGUUGAUGUGUUUCGUUAGCGAAUAUCUGACUUAUUGUUCGUUUACAAGUCAGUAGAUUUGUGCCGCUUUUAGCAUUCAGUUCUCAUUUUAAUUCUCUAAAAAUCUUGCCUUUUGGCUUAGCACUAUAUUCCUGUAUGUUAGAUAAAUAUAUAAACGACGAAUACGAAUUUUCUUCUCUCUUGCACACUUUGUAACUGUUCCUUCCAGUUUGGAAAACGCCAGCACUUUUGUGCGGUGACUAU